GUGGGUGGUACCAGCGGUCGGUUUACAGCUUGCGCGGCUGCAGUGAGUAAGAGACGUUCGUUACUCCGCGGUUGUUCUGGUUGUUACCAACAUGAGCAGCCUGGAGGGGGUCGACAGGACCCUUCCCCUGCAGACCUGCCGCUCCACUACUCCCGACCGUGCUCCAGGAGACCGCGUCCCGGACCCGCGCCUGGAGCUCUGCGAGGAAACCGUGGCGUCACAGGUGAUGGCGGAGACGGGUGAGCGAAGCUUGGAGGCCGUCUUACUCCCACAGCCCCAGCUCCCAGAGGACGGGGAACCCUCCCACGACCCCGCGGGCUGUAGCCUUAUUCCCCAGAUCCAAGGCGGUGGGGAUCGCGGUGACGGAGCGACUGAAGCGGGGCUAGAAGAGGCUCCACUUCCCGCCGGGGGCCUGGAAGCCAAGUCUGUGUCCAUGGCAACGGACAACAGCCAGAACAAUGGCUGUCAGCUUGGUGAGCCUCGCGGCCCGGGUGCGGAGGAGGCCUUAGAAACCUGUGUCGCGCAGAGCUCGGGGUCCGAGGUGGUGGCCGAGGCUAAGGCCAAGGGAGUGAACAUUGAAGUGAACACCGUCUCCUCAGGAGCAGUGGCUGAUGGAGUGAUGGAAAAGGAAGGAGUGAAGGAGGAGAAAGUAGUGGAGCAGGCGAUGGAGGUGGAGAAGCCCGUAGGUGAAGAAAUGAAAAUGGCGGAGGAAAACAGACUGGUAGAGGAGGUGAAGGAGGAGGCAGGGCCUCAGCCCCUGAAUAUGAAUCUUCGCAUGAACCCUCUGGAAGCCAUCCAGCUGGAACUGGACACUGUGAAUGCUCAGGCUGACAGGGCCUUUCAACAACUGGAGCAAAAAUUUGGACGGAUGCGUCGACACUACCUGGAGCGGAGGAACUACAUCAUUCAGAAUAUCCCGGGCUUCUGGGUCACGGCCUUUCGGAACCAUCCCCAGUUGUCCCCCAUGAUUAGGGGCCAAGAUGCAGAGAUGUUAAGAUACAUCAUCAAUUUGGAAGUGAAAGAAUUCAGACACCCGAGAACUGGCUGCAAAUUCAAGUUCUUCUUCCGAAGAAACCCCUACUUCAGGAACAAGCUGAUUGUUAAGGAGUAUGAGGUCAGAGCUUCUGGCCGAGUGGUGUCUCUCUCCACUCCAAUCGUAUGGCGUAGGGGCCAUGAACCCCAGUCUUUCAUUCGCAGGAACCAAGAUGUCGUCUGCAGUUUCUUUACCUGGUUUUCAGACCACAGCCUUCCAGAGUCUGAUAGGAUUGCUGAGAUUAUCAAAGAGGACCUAUGGCCAAAUCCUCUGCAAUACUACCUGCUGCGUGAAGGAGCCCGCAGAGCCAGACGUCGCCCAAUAAGGGAGCCAGUGGAGAUCCCCAGACCCUUUGGGUUCCAGUCUGGUUAAACUGCUCAUGGGACUACCCUUGCACAAGGUUCCCUAACACCUGUUGCUGGACCUGUGCUUGGGCAACAGAAAUGGGUAUGCCUUCCACUUUUUUGUUUUCCUGACAUUUCUGCAACGUUUUUUCCUGUGGACAUUUAGUUCUCUCCUCAAAGUUGAGACUUUCAUGGCCAUGCAUCUCCACUCUACACAGCCUGGCUUCUCCACUUCUCUACAGCCUUCAUGCUGUUCUGCCUUACUACCACAUGCUGCAUGGCCAUGAAUCACAUUACUGCUAAGCCAAGGAGUGAUGCUGUAAAUUCCACUGCCUUUAUGUGCCCUGCUUGGACCCUGUUUGUUUCCAGGGCCUCUGGUCUGACUCUUACCACCUGGAAUUAUAGCUUUAUCUAGGAAUGCAUUCUACCCCUUCUGCUCUACAUUGCAGGCUUUUGGCCUGUGGACAUUUCCAGGACAUUAAUGCUGUAUCAAGGCAGAGCAGCAGUGGGCCCCUUGGUCUUUGUGAUUUAUGUGACUCCUUUGCCCCCCUUGCACAUCUCCUACUUCAUGUUGCCUCUUCUGGCUGUGCCCACUGCUCUUGACUGCUGCCUGCGUACUGGAGGAACAUCUUUUCCAGACCUUUGUCUGCCCCUCUCAUUUUUGGUAAACCAUAAUCCCCAGAACUGGUGGUACACCCAAGUUUCCUUCUAGCACAGUUUCCUUUCCAGCCCUUCCAUUCCUCUACCCAAAAGACAUCUUGAAUCAUCACCCCCCUUUUCCUGGACCCCCAUCAUCCAGGAACCCUACUGUCAGGCAAGCGAAUGAAGUGACAGGAUAGACCUUUUCAUCAUGACAAGAAUAAGGAUGGUGCCCAGGCUUUCUCAGCCUCAACUAGUGAAUUUACAUGAAACCUAGGUACCUCUUCGUACCUCCUUUUCUUAUCCUGAACAUGAUUGUCAAGAUAGCAGUAUACUUUCUUUCUGUGUCCCUUAAUCUCAAAAUAAAGAUAGCUUAGAAAUACCUGCAAAAAACAAACCUUUUAGUUUUAUUUAGCGCUCUCCAUGAUUUCCAGGGACAGGUUGUCUUGUAAAAUAGAGUGCCAGAGCUCACAAACUCUUCCCUUUGCUUUCUUCCCCAGCUCCCCAGAACCUGGAGGAUUUAAGGGAGACAGAUUUAGAUGGAAUGAAAAGUGUUACCUAGUUCAUAAUGGGUAGAAGAACUUAAAAGAGGUUGUGAUUGGUGCCUUAAGCAGGGGAAACUGAUCAAAACACUAGGCAAAUGGGUUGCAGGCCAGUUCCCAGUAGGGAACACAGGAGAGGCAACCACACAUUAAUGUUUCCCACUCUCCUUCUCAUCCCCUCUCUCUAAAAAAUAAAAUAUUUUAAAAAGCAAACAAAAAAAGAACCAGGCAGAAAUGAGCCAGGUGAAAAUAGGGCCUAAAAUUAAGACUUGUUGACUAAGAAUGUUUAAGGAAAAGGUUCCCCUUGCUCCCCAUGUUAGUGAUGGGAGGAGAAAUAUUUUUGUUUUAGAAUUUCCAUGGGAGAAUUGAAGGAGACGGUGGAGUGUUAAAUAUGUUGCUGAGAGAAUAGUUCUUUAAAGAAACAUGAACAACUUUAGAUGCUUUCUCUUGUUUUUAUUUGAUUUGACUUAACUUAUGCAGAUUAAUAUUGUGUCCUUUAUUUAACUGUCUGCAGUAUUUAGUAAAAUCCUGUUAUUAGUUUCUGCUUACUUGGAAAAUUGAGCUGUACAGGCUUUCUUUGCUUUCAUUUAGCAACAUUUAAAAAAAUAACAAUCUUAUGUUCCAGUAGGAAAUACAGACUUAAAUGAAUAUUCAUAAUGGUUUUCCAGUUGUUCUUGUUUCUGUCAAAACUGCAUUUUUAGAAAUUUAAAUAACCUGAACUUGUCAGAUUCUCAAGACUUUGGAAAUUGUUAUCUUCAUGGGAAAAUUACCUGGGGAAAAUAUGUAGCUUGAUUGUCUUACUUGAUAAUUGCUCUGGUAACAACUUAGUAAUUGUGUCUCUUUUCCUAAAUAGCUUAAAUACUUGGGAGAUUGUUCUUGUCAAAUUAGAAUUGUAUCACUAGCAUAUUUAUCUUUCCACAUGUGCAUGAUGAUAAAAUAAAAACAUGUUAUAUUCUGUGA